UUCCUUUUCCUCCAUCUUGCUCGAGAAUGAAGACCAUUCUCAGCAGCCAGAUUGUUGAUAUCCCUGAGAAUGUCACUGUGUCCUUGAAAGGCCGCACUGUCAUUGUAAAAGGGCCCCGAGGAACAUUGCGAAGGGAAUUUAAUCACAUCAACUUGGAGCUCAGCCUCCUUGGUAACAAGAAGAAGAAGCUUCGAGUUGACAAAUGGUGGGGUAACAGGAAGGAACUAGCAACAGUACGGACAAUCUGCAGUCAUGUCCAGAACAUGAUCAAGGGCGUCACUGUGGGUUUCCGUUACAAGAUGAGAUCUGUCUAUGCUCAUUUCCCUAUCAAUGUGGUUGUUCAAGAGACGGGAUCACUGGUAGAGAUCCGAAACUUCUUGGGAGAGAAGUUUAUUCGUAGAGUCCGUAUGAAGUCCGGUGUUUCAUGUAUCGUUUCCCAGGCCCAGAAAGAUGAGCUUGUUCUUGAGGGAAAUGAUAUUGAACUGGUGUCAAACUCUGCUGCACUCAUUCAGCAAGCAACAACGGUGAAGAAGAAGGAUAUUCGUAAAUUCCUGGAUGGCAUCUAUGUGAGCGACAAAGGCACAGUUGUACCACAGAAUGAUUAACACUUGACACUGGAUAGUUUCCAAAUUUAAAGGCUGGCUAUAACAAUUGAAUUAAAUUUUAAUAUCUGAA